GCUCCCGGCGGGGCCGCGGGGCCGGGCGCAGGCUGCGCUGGCUCAUCACCGCGGUGCUGUGCGCCGCCUUCCUGGGGCUGGGAAUGAGUGUUGCUAUACUGGGACCGACUUUUCAAGAUUUGGCAACAAACGUGAACCGCAACAUUAGCAGUCUUUCUCUGAUUUUUGUGGGCCGUGCUUUUGGAUUUUUGAGUGGCUCUGUGAUUGGUGGAAUUCUUCUCGACAAUAUGAAUCAUUUUCUACUUUUGGGAAUGUCAAUGUUGGCUACCACAGUUGGUCUUUAUCUUGUUCCAUUUUGUAAGACAGCGGUGUUAUUGAUCAUCAUGAUGUCCGUCUUUGGUGUUUCAAUUGGCAUUCUGGAUACAGGUGGUAACGUCCUAAUCUUGGCUAUUUGGGGGGACAAAGGAGCCCCACACAUGCAGGCCUUACACUUCAGUUUUGCCUUGGGUGCCUUUUUGGCUCCACUGCUGGCUAAAUUGGCCCUGGGCACGACGACGGUGUCUGCUGCAAACCACACAGAGGCCGACUCUAACCACUCUGCUCUCAACCAGUCAUCUGAAGCGGACUCCGAAUCUCUCUUCAGAGUACCUGACAAUAUGAAUUUACUGUGGGCCUACGCUAUUAUCGGUACUUACAUUUUUGUAGUUUCUCUCUUUUUUUUCGCUCUGCUUUUUAAGAAAAGCUCAAGGCAGGAGAAAGCCAAAGCAUCUGCUCAGAGGUCUCGAAGAGCUAAAUACCACAAUGCCCUUCUUUGCCUCCUUUUUCUGUUCUUCUUUUUCUACGUUGGAGCCGAGGUAACGUACGGUUCUUACGUUUUCUCGUUUGCGACCACCCAUGCUGGCAUGAAAGAAAGUGAAGCGGCGCUGUUGAACUCCGUCUUCUGGGGCACCUUUGCAGCCUGCAGGGGCCUAGCAAUCUUUUUUGCUACAUGUUUACAACCUGGAACCAUGAUUGUGUUAAGCAACGUCGGCAGCCUGGCAUCAUCCUUACUGCUGGUGCUUUUCGACAAGAGCCCAGUUUGCCUCUGGAUAGCGACUUCGGUGUACGGGGCCUCGAUGGCAACCACGUUUCCUAGUGGUGUUUCUUGGAUUGAGCAGUACACGACCAUCCAUGGGAAAUCUGCCGCAUUUUUUGUCGUUGGUGCUGCCUUGGGAGAAAUGGCUAUUCCUGCGGUGAUUGGAAUUCUUCAAGGGCAGUACCCUGAUUUGCCUGUAGUUCUGUACACCAUUUUGGGGGCCUCGGUAGCCACUGCUGUUUUAUUUCCCGUGCUCUAUAAGUUAGCCACCUCCCCUCUCAAUCAACAGCGAAAAGAACACAGAAAAAGCGAGGACCAGAAAGCUUUGCUGUCUAGUUCUGAGCUAAAUGACUACGAGGAAGAGAAUGAAGAAGAAGAUGCAGAGAAAUGGAAUGAAAUGGAUUUUGAAGUGAUUGAAAUGAAUGAUACAAUGAGAAAUUCUGUAAUAGAGACAUCUAGAAAUGUCCUGACAAAGCCCGUAGCUGAAAUCUCCAGUCAAUCCCACUCCAGUGCAAUGGUGUUCGAGUCCUCUCCAGCUAACAGUGGCAAGUCCCCUGUAAGUCACCUUGCAAGAAACCAGUGUAAAAGGGACUAACGCCGAGAGAAGAUGGAUUAUUUACUGACCUCCUUGAAUAACCUCUGGUUCUAAAGAAGCCAGUUAAAGCAGAGCAUUAACAGAUUUUCAACAUGCUCUGGGGAUCAAAAUUCCUAGGUCAGAGUAUAGCAGAUGCUACAAAGUUUUGCAAGGUUCUGUAAUUCCCAGAGUUUUCCAUAAAGAAUGAAUGGCCUUGGUCUCGUACAGCAGGGUCUUGUGAGGCUAGUGUUUGGCAUGUGGCUGAUGAGGUAAUGUGUUACGAUCUCCACCCCUCCGAGCACGCAGAGAAGGUGUUGUUGAGAAGCUGGGUGCCGUUCUCAUAGCUUGAAACCCUCUAGUAGUUGAGCCGAGUAGCUGAACAAAUGAUCAGUCAUCAGCAUUCUAUCAGGGAAGUUGAGGAGUGUUGUUUCUUAAAAAGAACAACUUUGAAAACGGACAGAGUUUUAUUCAUUGCUUUGCCCUCGCUGUAGUGUUGCACCAGAGAAUGCUCAUGCCUCAUUUGAUUUCUGAUUUCUGUGAAGAGAACACAGAGCAGGACCCCAGAGACCUGGCUGCAAACCUUGACUGCUGCUUACUAGUUUUCCGGCCCUGCACUCGGUCACUUUACUUGAGUAGGGCCUUGCUUAUCUGUCUCCUGAUCUGUGAUUUUAUCAGUGAAAGUGAGAUGAUUUUCAAACUAGGAAUCCUUACGUUUUAAAGUUUGUGCAAGAAAAAAAAAAGUUUGUGCAAGAUGUCAGAAAUUCACAUGUGCCAUCCAUUCUUCAUUUCAAAUGAGAAGUGAAACAAAAUUGAUAGUUUUAAGAAUACUACUGAUUAUGAAUCUAUGCCCGUUUCAGAGACUCCGUGUUUAAUGACUAUCUGCAAAACACAUUUUUCAGUAUUGUGUUUCAUCAGUUCUAAGAUGCACCCUUUUCUACCUUUUUUCCACAAUUUUAACAUCUCUGAAAUCAGAAUAUGUCUUAAAGUCAGUAGUCACUUAACAUCGUGAAGAAAUUUAAUCGACAGUUUAUCCGUAUACAUAUCCAAAGCAAUGUUGCAUGUUACAAUCAGUGUCUUACAGUAAUUCAUUCAAUUAGGAGAUUUUACUAUUUUUACAGAUAUUUUAAAAAGAAAAGUUAUUUUUAUAUGCUGAUUUUCUUGAUGUUCAAAUGGGGUUUGGAGAUGCAAUGUUCCGACUUUACAGGCUGUUUCAGAGUUACUAGGUUAGUAAUAGGGUGAGUAAUUGGUAAUGGAGUCUGAGUCUGAGCCUUGCUCUUCCAGGACUUGCUCCUCAUUGCGUCCGGCUGGUAAUCACAUUGUAAGCGCUGUGAACUAGGCUGCAGUUUAAUUUACAAAGAGGCACAGUCUUUUGCAGUGUUUGGAUUAUUUGUAUCACCCACGUAGGGUUCUUCUGGAGUUUGAAAUACCCGGGAGACCAAAUAAUGAUUAGAAAGGGGCUUGGUGGCUAGGAGUCAGGGAUCGCAAAGGGUACUUCGUAUGAGUGUGGCAAAGCUGGUGUGAGCUCUCUUUUGUUUUUUGUUUUUUUUUUUUAAAGAUUGUAUUUAUUUAUUAGAGAAAGAGUGAGAACAAGAGCGAUCACAAAGGGAGAGGAAGAGGCAGAAGCAGACUCGCCGCUGAGCAGGGAGCCUGAUGUAGGGCUUGAUCCCAGGACCCUGAGAUCAUGACCUGAAUCAAAGGCAGAGGCUUAACUAACAGAGCCACCCAGGCACCCCGUGAGCUCUCUUUUGAUAAAGCACUGAUGGCAGCUUUUGUUUACUUCUCUUUACCACGUUUUAUGGUGAAGAACAUUUAAUUUCUACCUGUUUGCAUUCUUUGCCUUCUCUUAUUUAUCUAAUUUCUACAAGUUUGCGUUUGUUUUUUCUGGAGUGAAAUACAGUAUCUGUUUUGACCACUGCCCAUCCACCUUCUAUACCACAAUAUGAGUUUGUAUAUAAUCUAGCAAUUUUAGAGAGGGCCGUUGGAGAAAUUAACAGUAAAAAUUCUAUUCUUGCUCUUUUUUGUACUUUGCUUUUCUCAUAGCUAGACCUUGGAGACCACCUGUGUUCCAUAUAUGCUUUUUCUCAGGUUGUUGGAAGUUAGGCAGUAGAUGCUAUUUGGCAGCUGGGAGGCUUGCUAGAACAGGGAUUCAAUCUGCAGCAUCUACAUUUAAGGGGUAGAAGAUGUGGCUCAGGGAGAGAGGGACGAUUAUAAGAACAUGGCCGGAAAUUUGGAAAUCCUCACUGGAAAAUCCACUGGAGUUCCACAAACCAAAAUGUGAAUGGCCAUAUGAGAUUACAGGCAUUGUUAAAGUUUGAUGAUGUAUUUCCAUAUUGGAAGGAUAAGACUUAGUACAAUUCCAAGAAUUAGCAUUCAUUCUAAUAAUCAGUUCUUAGGUAGGUGUCUGCUGAUGCACAAGUAGCCAAUACUGAAGUAUUCUAUUGCUGAAUAACAGAUUUAUCAGUUUACAACAACAGACAUUUUUAAGUAGGCUCCAUGCCCAGUGCGGAGCCCAGCAUGGGGCUUGAACUCACAGCCAUGAGAUCGAGACCUGAGCUGAGAUCGAGAGUUGGUUGCCUAACUGACCAAACCACCCGGGCACCCCAACAACAGACAUUUUUUAUCUCACAGUUUCUUGGGUCAGGAAUUUGGGCAUGACUUCCCUAGGUCCUCUGCUCAGUGUCUCAUAGGACUGCAGUCAAGCUGUUGGAUAGAGCUGUGCUCUUUUUUGGAGAUUUGGGUUCUCUUCAAGUACCCUGUUAUGUGGUUGUUGACAGUAUUCAGUUCCUUGCUGUGGUUAGGCUGAGGCCCCUGUUUUUUGUCUGGCUGUGAACUGUCACCAGUUGGUUGACAGUUCACCAUUCCUAGAACCAACCACCUAGGGCCAUGCAGCCCUCUGCAGACCUCUCACAACAUGGCAUCCUAUUUCUUCAAAGCCAGCAGGGGAAUCUCUCACCUGGGUCUGCUAAGCUAAAGCCUUCUAUAACAUGAUAUAAUCCCAGGAGUGGCGUCCCAUCACCUUUGCCAUAUAAUCUUGGCUAGAAGCAAGUCACGGUUCUACCCAAACUCAAGGGGAGAGGCUAGUACAGAGAUGUGACUCAUCUGGGCCCCCCUAGAGUGAGUUUGCUACAAUCUGGUACCUGAAAAACCGAGGUUCAAGAGAACUAAAAAGUUUGAGCUGGGGACAAGAAGCCCUCAGCAGUCAUCACGAGUGAUUACAGAUACCAAACUGAGUGAGCUAGUGUGGGCGCGGAAGGCUCCCCGUAUGGCAGGCCCACGAACCUGGUAGAGGAGACUCUGUGGGGCAAUAGAUGGGUUCACUCAGAGUUAGGCACUUUUUCCCACUUGACAUUUUAUGGUCUUUCCCACUUUUAACUUGUUCAGAUGCAGCUUUCUGUGAGGGAAAUAGGUACAUUUCACUUGAGUUGUAUUUUCAUAGUAAAGUCCAAGAACACUUUUGAGAGCAUCUUUUGGUUACUCUUAUUUUUUAAAGAGAAAUGCUUUUUAAAAAAAAAAUCAGUUUUUAUCAUAAAAAUAGUGAAGAUGUUAAAAAAAAGUCAUGCUGGAAGAUUAGGGAAGUACAUAAAAAUGAAAGGGACAGGUAUAAAAAUUUAUAUCGAGUUUUUAUUUAUUUUUUUAAAGUAAGCUCUAUGCCCAGUGUAGGGCUUGGACUCACGACCCAAGAUCAGUAGUUGUCUGCUCUAACAACUGAAUCAGCCAGGUGCCCUUGUGUAAGUAAUUUAUAAUUCUAAACACCUAGAAAAUUUCUUAACAUUUCUCAUCAACAUAAUUUCCAGGGUAAAGGGAUAAAAAAAAAAAACCUCCCCCCUACCAGAUAAAGUUUCAGAAACAACUUGAAUUUUUGUGUCCAGAUUGCAUUAACACUGUAGCCAAUGGACUGGUUAUUAGUUUGAAGAAUUGUAAUUUAUUUAAAAAACACACACACAACAAGCCUAAUUGAUCACUGUAGCAACACACUCCUGAAGACUGUGUGAGCCCGGGAUUACAUGUAAAGUGAGUUCGUUUCAGGUAGAACCAUUAAAUAAUGAGGAUAGCUGUCUCAUAACCAGAACUUUUUGUUUACCAUAGCAGUGUAUCACUCCUGCCACUUAAAAGUUCUUUGUUGUUUGUUUGUUUGUUUGUUUUUAAGAUUUUAUUUAUUCAUGAGAGAUACAGAGAGAGGCAGAGACAUUGGCAGAAAGAGAAACAGGCUCCAUGCAAGGAGCCUGAUGCGGGACUUGAUCCCAGGACCCUGGGGUCACGACCCGAGCCAUAGGCAGAUGCUCUACCACUGAGCCACCCAGGGGUCCCGAGCUUAAAGUGCUUGAUGGCAGUAGCCAUGUCCCUCUGGGAUACCCUGUAUCUGUGUUUGUUACGUGCCGCUUGUUUUGUUCAUAGUGCUGUGAAUGUGUUUGCAUAUGUGAACUCACAGAUAUUACAUGUGUUUCAUGUUCUCCUACAUUGGGGGGGCGCAGUGGGGGUAAAGGUAGUCGAGAAGAGAUACAAAAAAGUUUAUGAUUCCAAGUUUGUUAGAAAUGGCUCUUUUUUCAUUGAAAUUGUUAUAGCGAUUAUUAUAGAUUUACAUGCAAUUGUGCGUAGGGUUUCUUUUGUUUUCUUUUUCUUUUUUUUUUUUACAAAUUUGCUGAGCAGGGCUACUUGCUCAAUCUGGAGGGUAGAGAACUAGACUAAUGCUUCUCAUAGUUUAAUGUGCAUUUGAAUUGCUUAUUAAAAUACAGAUUCUUUUUUUUUUUAAAGAUUUUAUUUAUUUAUUCAUGAUAGUCACACAGAGAGAGAGAGAGAGAGAGAGAGAGGGGCAGAGACACAGGCAGAGGGAGAAGCAGGCUCCAUGCAGGGAGCCCAAUGUGGGAUUCGAUCCCGGGUCUCUAGGAUCGCGCCCUGGGCCAAAGGCAGGUGCCAAACCGCUGCGCCACCCAGGAUCCCCUAAAAUACAGAUUCUAAUUGAAUAGCACCUGGGGUAGGCGCUGGGAUUCCGUAUGUCUAACGAGCUCUUAUGGAUGGGGAGCUGUUGCCCUGUGGACUGACCACAUUUCGGGUAGCAGGAUUCACUUUUUGAGAGGGUCAAAUUCUUUGCUACUUUUGGGAAUUCAGUUUGUUUUGUUUUUGCUUUUCUUAAUCUGACCUUAAAUCUGUAGGAGUCUGUAGUUCCCAUGCACCCCCUUCUCUCUCUUGCACACAAACUCUAGGACUCUAUUCUGAAUUCUCUUCAAUCCUCUCCAUUUACUGCACUGACUGUUGAAUAUUUAUUUCUUAUGUCUGUUGAAUGCCUCCUAUUUGGCAGUCUCUGUGAGAGGUGCUAUGUGUACAUUGGUGGAAAGGUCAGAAGGUUCCUGCCUCCAUGGAACAUACCCUCUAUAGAAAUACCGUCCAGUAGAAUUUCCCACAGUGAUGGGAAUAUUUUAUAUCUGCACUGCCAAGUAGCCACUGGCCACACGUGGUGAAUUGACUCCUUGAAAUAUGGCUAGUAAGACACAGAAAAUGGAAUUUUUUAAAAAGAUUAUUUACUUAUUUAUUCAUAGAGACAGAGAGAGAGAGAGAGAGCAGUCACCAUGCAGAGAACCUGACGUGGGACUCGAUCCAGGGUCUCCAGGAUCACGCCCUGGGCUGCAGGCGGCACUAAACCGCUGCGCCCACCGGGGCUGCCCAGAAAAUGAAUUUUUUAAUUUAAAUAUCUACCUUAGCUGAUGGCUGCUAUAUUGGAUAACAUGGUCUUUUUUUUUUUUUAAGAUUUUAUUUAUUUAUUCAUGAGAGAGUGGUAGGGACACUCAAGAGGGAGAAGCAGGCUCCACGCAAGGGGUCCGAUGUGGGGCUCUAUCCCGGGACUCCGGGGUCACGCCCUGAGCCAGAGGCAGAUGUGCAACCACUGAGCCACCCAGGCGUCCCUGGAUAACACAGGUCUAGUGGAGGAAACAAGAUAUCAAACAAGUAAUCACACAAGGUGUUUCCAGGAAGUCUUUAUUUUGUUAUAUUAGAAAUUUACAAGUAUCUGGGGUCAGAAAGGUUGUGUUAGAUGCCUUCUCAAAUGGCAUGAUAUAAAUUAUCACGGGACCUAAGGAAAGGCUGGUUUUACUGGGUCCUAAUGGUAGACAGUGGUGUUUAGUGAUCCAAAGGAGAAGCUUUGCCUUUCCUUGUGUGUUGUGGAAGCAAACCAAGGCCGGGCACCUUGGUUGUCAGGAGGAUUUAAACCCCUUCCCUUUAUGCACUUUGGCUAGUUGGCAUUUGAGCUAGGUUGAACUUGACUUGGAUUUUUAUUUAGCUAUAAAUAGUUUCAUACUUAAUGAGUUAAAAUUUUAUAACACUGAAUUUUUGCAAAGAGAAGUUUUGUGCAUUUUUUCCCCUGCAUCUUCCAACAUUUUUUGGUGAUUGUCUUCAUCAUGUGUUGUCAUGUCCUCUAUUUUCUGCCUUGUUUCUUUCUUUCAGUUCUUGCAGAGAAGAUCCCUUAGGUUCUUGCAGUGUAGUUGUUAAUUCUUAAUGUAUUGUUUUUCUUUUGGCUUAUAUUUUUACUUGCAAAAAUGCCUUUCGUGUCCGGUCUCUGACUUUAUGGCAACUUGCCUUCGAUGUGUUCGAUUAUGUUAGUUAAUGGGUGGCCUGGAGAAGAGUUGAAGUUGUUCGAUGACAUGAGUGACUUAAGGUGGUGAGCUUUUUAGCCUCUGAACAACUUGUUGAGAUUGCAAGGUGUUUUUUAAAAUCAUUUAUUUUCAAGUGUGAUAAAAUAGACAUAACAUGUACCGUCUUAGCCAUUUUUAAGUGUAUAAAUUCGGUGGCAUUCCUACGCUCACAUUAUUGUGCAACCAUAACUGCCUCAUUCACAAAACUGAAACUCUGAUGAGCACUGGGUAUUAUGCUAUAUGUUGGCAAAUCGAACUCUAAUAAAAAAAUAUACAAAAAAAACCCCAAAACACUGAAACUCUGUAACCCAUUAAACACCGUAUCUCUCCAUUACACCCUCGUAUGAGCCCUGACAAAAGAGCAGUCUACUUCCUAUCUCUACAAUUUUCACUACUCUAAGUACUUCAUAUAAAUGGCAUUAGACGGUAUUUGUCCUAUUGUGACCGGCUUAUUUCACUCCGCGUAUUAUCUUCAAGUUUCAUCCAGGUUGUAGCCUGUCAGGAUUUCCUCUGUAAGGUGGAGUAAUAGUCUCCUGAAUGUAUACUUUGCUUACGCAUGUAUCUGUUAGGGACGUUUGAGUUGCUUCCACCUUUUGGCGAUUGGGAAUAAUGCUGCUGUGAAAAUUGAAUGUACACAUACCUGUUUGAAUUUCUGCUUUCAAUGCUUUUGGGUGUCCCCACAAGUCUGACUGCUGGCUCAUGUGUUAGUUCUGUUUUUAAUGUUUUUGGGUGCUUUCAUUAUUUGACUUAGAUAUUGUCCUAAAUCCGUUUUUCCAGAAGAAACUGGCUAGAGGAAGAAGAUAGAGAAACCCAUGCAUUUAGUCAUAUUGCUUCAAACUCUAGGCAGACUUUUAGCCCAUUAUAAUCAAUCAGCUUAGUGUCACCCACACGCAGAGUAGUGAAAGGUUAUGUCCGACAUCUACCUCAAAGUUUUGUUAUAUUUGCUUUCAGUUUUUAUUCAGUCAUUGAGCAAGUGUUUGCGAGCUCACUUUGAAAUCUUACCUGUAAUGAAACCAAACCUGGACCUGUGGGAGGUUGUUUUUCUAGACAGGUUUUCACCAGUCAGUUUUGAUUUGGGGGGCUUAAUGGGGUAGGGAUGGCCUUGUAGAUUGAUUACAUCUGUAUUUAAGACUGCUCACACUUACAUGGCUUUGUACAAUGAAAAAGCUUGUUUGAAUAACAUAUUGAUAUAAAUAAAUAACACUGUUGAUUUAAGAUAAAA